GUUCCUUUGAAUCAGAAUAAAAAGUGCAGCAAACUUCAGGCUCAUUGACUACGGGCUUCACGAGCGUCGGGGCUUUUCUUCUCUCCGCAGCUGGAAAGGAUCUCUGGUUUUUGCGAAACAGUUCUGGGAAAACAAUGACCAGCCUGUGGGCAGCUGUUGGAUUAUGUUUGCUGAAGCUUUGUCUGGCAGAAACACAAUUCAAUGUAAGUUGCAGAUACGGAGGAGUUUUUCAUGUUGAGAAAAAUGGUCGCUACAGUCUCACGCGAUCUGAAGCGGUUGAACUCUGCAGAGCUCUCAACAGUACCUUGGCAACACUAGAGCAGUUGAAGAGAGCUCAUGAACUUGGAUUUGAAACUUGCAGGUAUGGUUUUGUAGUGGGAAAUAUAGUUAUCCCACGAAUCAAUCCCUAUCAUCUUUGUGCAGCAAAUCACACUGGCAUUUACAAACUUUCAGCGAACACAACUGGUCGGUAUGAUGCAUACUGCUACAAUGAGACAGAAACAAGGGACAAAACGUGUGAGCCAAUUGAGAGACUCGAUACUUCUCUCCUCAGUAAUCAGGGUGAAAUAGUCAUUGACAAUGCAGAUGGCUCACGUUACAAUCCAGAUGGCACGCGUCAUAGCGGAGAGUCCUCAACCUCAGGUGCAGAUGAUGAAAAUGUAGGAAGUGGAUCAACACAUGAUACAACUCCCAUGGAUACCUCCGUCAGGAGAUCCAGCCCAUCAUAUUAUGGAAGUGCUACUCCAGUGUCACAGCUGCCAGAUCAUUCUUCUGGAGGGGGUGAAAAAGACAUUCCUAGGGAAGAUUUGGAUGACGAAACUUCUCCUGUAUCACCAGACAUCCCUUUGGUGACAGCAGUGGAUAAUUCUCCUACAAAAGAUGAUGGACAGUAUCCUGCGAGUACUACAGAUGUGACCUCAAGUGGCAAUGGUUCAGAUGAUGAAGACUCUUCGGAGGAAACGAUUUACCCAACAGUGUUUCCAGACUGGGACAGGAGUGUGGCCAAGGAUGAGUAUGCUCCAAGUACUACUCCAAGGCCUCAUCAUGACAACCUGGAGAAGGCCACCACCCAAGCUUGGUGGAAUCCAUUCUCAAACCACUGGUGGUGGUCAAAUCCUGGAGAGAAGACGCAAGAACCUGUGCAAGCAACCAAGGAUGUGACCUCAAGUGGCAAUGGUUCAGAUGAUGAAGACUCUUCGGAGGAAACGAUUUACCCAACAGUGUUUCCAGACUGGGACAGGAGUGUGGCCAAGGAUGAGUAUGCUCCAAGUACUACUACGGAUUCGCAACACGAAAUACUUCUGGAAGUCUCCACACAAAAUCAUUGGAACCCCGCCUAUACAGAUGAAGAGGAGCAGUAUCCUAGCUCUGCUGGCAGGGCACUAGUUACAAGUGAAAAUGAAAAUCGUCAAGGACCAACCCCACAUCCACUAUUACACAGUGUUCAUUAUGGAUGGAUCAGUCAAGAACAUAAUCCUGCAAAUUCCACUGGGAGUACUGAACAGCAUGAAUUUACUGUUGGAGGGGAAAAUGAUAUUGAAAAAGAAUCUUCUCAUACAGCUGCUGCCUCUCCUGGUGGUGCUCACCAUGAAGAUCCUACUCAGCCACCUCUGCCUUCAGAUAGUGAACCAGGACAGGGCACUGAAGGCAUCACGCAUCCCAGAGGCACCCCUGGGAAUGAGGUCCUCGACAGGACAUCAGCUAGUACGAACGAAGCUGGUGAUGACUCUCCUUUGAUGGGUACCAUCGCAGAGUCCGUGGAUGAUGUUAACCAAGAGAAAGCAACCAAGGAGCCACUGGCACCUACCACUCCAUCUGGAAGUGAGAGUGAACAAGUGAACACCACAGAUGGUUCCGAUGUCAAUUGGAUACCUGGAGUUUUCCCAGGCAUUGAAGAUCAUCUUAACCAAUUGCAGACCCCUCUUCCUACUAGAUCUACCUCCAGUAUAGAUGGUAAUCAAGGACCACACAAGGGACAUCAUGAAUCCACUACUUUCCCUGGAGAGACCACAACAACAACAAUAGUUUCACAACCUAGGUCAGCCCAGGUACCAGAAUGGCUGAUCAUUGUUGCUGCACUUGUGGCACUUGCGUUGAUUCUUGCAGUCUGCAUUGCUGUUAACAGUCGACGAAGAUGUGGUCAGAAGAAAAAGCUAGUGAUUAACAAUGGCAAAGGUGCAGUGGAGGACAGGAAAACAAGUGGAUUAAAUGGAGAUGCCAGCAAAUCACAAGAAAUGGUGCACUUGGUUCAUAAAGAACCGUCAAAUGACCAAACAGGAGCAUGUGAUGAAUUCCUGACCAUUAAUGAAACACAAAAUCAUCAGGAACUUGACAUGAAGAGUGGAGUGUAAUGAUACCAGGAUGCCAAGUAGAUCAGAGCUGGGGAAAUCAAAAUCACGUGGAACUUGGACGGGAAUUCACAGAGGCACUGUGCUACUGAUGUCUUUUGAACAUAAUUAAAUACAAGUUUUAUUCAUUUUAAUAAUUUUAAAAUUAUGUCUCAGUUACAAAAUUGACAUUUGCUUUCUGAAGUAAGCCCCCAAGAGUUGCAGAAUGUUUUCAGUUCCCCGUUCCCCCCCAGAGGACACUUACUGUGUCCUGGGUGUUAGGAGGAGGUUUACUUAAUUGUUCCCCAGAUGGAGGUUCUUGGCUGUGCAGAGCUCCAGAAGUAUCCAGUCACUCCAUCUUACAGGCAUUUAAGGUACUAAACUUGCCAUGGUACAAGAGUAAGUGAAGAAUAAAUUUCAAGAACAAAAAUCAUGUUUAAUCCAAAAAGGCUUCCUAUACAGUGUCUAAAACAUCAGAAUCCUUCAGAAAUGCCUUCCAACCAGGAGGAGCAGUAGGUGCAUUCAAGAGUCUGCCAGUUAAUGAUUUAUGGCUUGGUCUGCAAUGAGGGAAACCCAGAAGGAAAAAAGUUAUUUACCUCUAUUUUUAAAUGUCUGUGGUCAAGUCUUCUUGGCAGGGGGAAUAAAGAGAUGAAAACAUGAGCUGAUACAUAAUAAAGUUCUUCACUUUAUUAUCCUAACAAUCUAUACAGUUAUCCUUGAGUUUUUGAGGUGUUCAUUGCUCUUCCCCGUUCACUGGUCAUAGUUUGUGCAUGUUUUUAAUGAGUCUGUUAGUUCGGAUAAUUAAUAAAACAGAAUGACCCCAGCUCUAUCACACAUACACAAAUCAAGCAAUUGGAGAUCACUAGGGAAGACGUCAGUAUUUUAUUCCUGAAGAAUAGGUCUCUAUCUUCCUCUGCUCCAUUUUACUUCGGAGAUGCUGAGCAAAGUAUUUUCUUAUUUUCCCUAUAAGUAUUAUGUUACCAGUUUGCUGAUAUUUUAAAAGUUGCCUUUCUAUGGUGUCACUCACUUCCUCUGAAUUCUAUUUCAUCCACAUUUUUCCUCCUGCUUUUUAAAAUUACCAAAAGAAACAUUGCUUGCUUAUUGGUACCAAAAGUUUAAAUUCUGCCGAAAAGAUCAAAGAAAAUUACAGGAAACUCUCCCAGCCAUGUAAUACAGUAAAGUAGCUGCAGUUGCAAUCUUAUAAGCUUUUAUUUUGUCCUUAAGUGUCUAUUAUGUAAAAUAUUUGUGCAUUAUAUUGAUGCUGUGCAUUAUAUUGAUAUGAAUUUUCAGAAAGAAAACUAUUUACUACCGGUAGUCUGUGCCAUUUUUAAGAAAGUGUAUUGGAAUGGAGGGAGAAUAACAACUUCUAAUUAGGUUGCCUCAAAAAAAUGCAAGUGCAAACAAUCCAAGGUAAUCCCAGCCAGUGGUCUGUGUCAGUUGUGGGGUGGGGAACGUACUGUAGCAGGGUUGUUGAAGUGUUCCUGUUCAAUGGCAAUAGCACCUGUCAUUGAAAGUGUUUUGGUAAAGCAUAUUAUUUUAUGUUCUCCGUUUGAAGCAAUUUGGAGGUUGAGUAUUCAGCCGGCUAAAUACUAACAUCAGCUAGUACUGAUCUUCACUGGAACAUAAAGCACAAGACUAUCGGUUGGAUUUCUCAGACACAGCCCUCCAGCAGUUUCCCGUGUGUUUCAUUGAAUUGCUCAGUGCCCUGGUAUCUGCAGGCAGAUCUCCUCAAGGGUGAUUUACACCUGGGCAAAAGGCCCCAAGAUAAAGUGUGAUUUUAAAGAACAUGUAGGAUGUUUUCUGUUGGCAUGUUCAUAUAUGAACAGUCACACAGCUUGUGGUCCAAAGGUGGUUAAACAAGCUGAAGCCUGGGGUCAAGGUGGUUUACACUAUCAGUACUUGUGGUCCAUUGUCUAACUCCUCCAUCCUUUCAUGCAUUUUAAUACUGAACUCUGUAGUUGGGAAGUCUGUUGACUCUGUGCAUUUAUUUUUGUUUAAUUCCUGUAAUGUUUUCAAGCAAACUUUUCUGUUUGUCAUAAAUCAAAAUGAUCUGCUAAAGGCUGUAUUUAAACUGGUGUUAUGUACUCAUUUGUAUGGAGAUCCAGAGGAAAAAUUAUUCCUCUCUUCAAAUCCUAAUUGAAUAUAGGUCCCAAUCAGUUUUUUCA